UUUUUUUCCCACCAUCCUCCUAUCAAUUCAGGAAUCAUCUACAUAAAUAAAUGCCAUACUAUAUACUAGUAGUAUUAUUGUAUUAGUAUAUCCGUGAGAAGGAAAGAUUAAAUCAGAGAUUCAUUCAUUCAUUCAUUCAAUUCUGAUUGUUUCCUUCCAUUCCAAACCGAAUUCUGGUUUAUGCGGGCGGAAUUCCAUAAGGUCCUCCUCCCUUCGCCCCUCCAAAUCCUCUGCAGAUUUCUCAUGGCAGCCGACGUCUCCAUCCCCACUCGAUCCGCCUCCACCACCCGCUAAUUCCUCCUCGUUCUAGUCCCCUGCCUCUCUCCUGCGCCGACUCGUCUUCUUCCUCGCGUCACUCCCCUGCCGCUGCUGCUGACGCUGCUGCCGGGAAGACCAAAUCAUUCCCGUCAAGGCCAAUGCACUUUUCGUACCCCUGGAGACGACUCUGGAUUCCGGGCAAAUUUUAGAUGGACCAUCAUGUGCUCUUUUCUCAUGACUGUGGAAAAGAAAUCCCUCCCGCUUUUCGAAAGCAGGCAGGUUGUGUAAAGAAAUGGAUCACUUUGACCUGUGAUUUUGUUAUUCUAGGUCUCUCCACCACAUACUAUACUAUCUGGGUUGUGAUACAACUGUGCAGACUGUUCGUGUUACUGUGAAGCUACGCCUCUCCUGCUUCUAAUUUCAAUUUUAUUGAUGUUAGUAGUGUCUGAUUGCAGUUGUUUUAGGUGAUUGGUGCUUUCAACCUGGUGGUACUCAAGGAGGAGAGUUCUGUCAAGAUGGCAUGUCCAAGGGGAAGGACAUCAUUGCCCCUUUGUUUCUUUCUGAUGAUUUGCCUCAUGGCUCAGCUGGGAGCUUCCAAUGUUGUACUCAUGGCGAACAACACUACCCUGUCGUUCGAUGAUGUUGAGGCAACUUUUACUCCAGCAGUGAAAGGUUCAGGUGUAAAUGGUGUCCUUUAUGCUGUGGAACCUAUGGAUGCAUGCAGUCCAUUGAGAACAAAAGCGAUUGAAGGCUCUGCCUCACCAUUUGCAUUGGUUAUAAGAGGUGGUUGCCAAUUCGAUGACAAAGUUAGAAAUGCACAGAAUGCUGGAUUCAAGGCUGCUGUAGUGUAUGAUAAUGAAGACAACGGCAUCCUUGUUUCAAUGGCUGGAAGCUCGUCUGGAGUCCACAUUUAUGCAGUGUUCGUCUCUAAGGCAUCAGGCGAGGAAUUGAAGAAAUAUUCAAGCCAAACUGAUGCAGAGUUGUGGAUAAUACCAACAUAUGAGAACUCAGCUUGGUCAAUCAUGGCAAUUUCAUUCAUAUCACUGCUUGCUAUGUCUGCUAUCCUAGCUGCUUGUUUCUUUGUGAGGAGACACCAGAUAAGACGGGACAGAGCUCGACUUCCCCAAGUUCGGGAGUUCCACGGAAUGAGCAGUCAAUUAGUUAAAGCAAUGCCAAGCCUUAUUUUCACAAAAGUGCAAGAAGACAACUGUACAUCAGCAACAUGCGCCAUUUGCUUAGAAGACUACAGUGUUGGAGAAAAGCUAAGAGUGCUACCAUGUCGACACAAGUUCCAUGCAGCUUGUGUGGACCUAUGGCUCACCUCCUGGAGAACAUUCUGCCCUGUAUGCAAGCGGGACGCAAAUGCUGGAACAUCAAACCUUCCUGUAUCAGAGUCUACCCCUUUGCUUUCAUCAUCUGCCAUUCCCUUACCAGAAUCAACUGCUUUGGCUUCCUUCCGGUCUACAGUAGCAGCAUCUCCCCCCAGGCCAAUCAGCCGGCAUCCUUCAUCACAGUCCAUAUCCCGCAAUUACUCCAUUUCGGGUUCCAGUAUCCCUCGCACCCCUAACCCUAGGUUUUAUGCAAACUCAUCUCCUUUCUGCACCCUUGCAAAUAUGUCAUCCUCAUGGUCUCGCACUUCGCACCUUGCAUCUGCUCACUCUUUGUGCGGUGGCCACUUGUCCCCACCAAUCGACAUCAGGAAUACCUCACAACACAUCUCCCGUUCGGCCUAUGGAUCUCCCAGUCGUUACAUAGGCUCAUCACACAUGUCCCAUGGAUCUCCGAGUUACUACCUUGGAUCUUCAGGGCAGCGGAUUCCUUACCUGAGGCACUGCACGUUGUCAGGCCCGAGCCUGUUCACCAUGGUGCCCCAGUCACCGCAACAGAACCAGUCGCAGCACGGUGGAGACUCGGAAACAAAUCUGUCAGCUGCUGCAUCAACUCAGUCAUUCCGUCAGCUUUACCUGCAGCAUUGUCCUGAUUCUGACACGUCAUCUCAGUCGCUUCCGGGGUGCUGAUUCUUGCUGCAAAAUUCACCAUUUUAACAAUGAUGGUGGCUCCAGUAAGCUCCAAUGAGAAAUCUUAUCUGGUACCAAAUUGACAUGUGGAUCUGAUCUCGUGAACAUAAUUCACCAUGAUGAUAAAAUAAGGUGUGACAACUGCUUGUAAGAAGAGAGAAUCGGCAACCCCAGAAUGUGAGCAAUUUUACUUGCUGAGUGUACAGGGAGUUUGGAGUAGUUUUGGAUUUGCCUACUUUUGAGGCACGUAAUGCAGUCAUAGGUUACUUCUGUUCAAUAGUUGAUGUGUUGCUCUAUCUUGAAGAAGCAAAUGCCCUUGUCUGGUUU